AUGAAGCCCGUAUUCUUUUUCAGCACCAUUAUUGCCGGACUGGCAGCGGCAUUCCAAGAUCCCCUCUCCUACCGCUCCCUCAAACCCACAUAUACCCUUCCAAAGCCAGAUAAUGUGACCACUUUGCUAGACAUCAUCGAUUCACGGCCAGACUUGAGUCGGCUGCGGGCUGCCCUGACUCAGUCCGGUGGUUUCGAAGAGGCCUUUGGCACGACCCCGACAUGGGACUUCACUUUCUUUGCGCCGAAUAACGAUGCUUUUGCUCAUACCGGUCGCUAUUUCUCGACGUUCGAAUCGACACCGAAGGGAAAAUGGUGGCUGGGCAAUACCCUUGUGCAUCACUAUGUCCCCAACUCGAUCCUGGCAACCGCAGACUUUAACGAGACAUACCAGCGCCUGCAGACUGGGACCCACCUCUUCAUCGGUGCAAAGGUAGAAAACGAUGAGCUCGUUCUAAACCAAGUCGCUCGAGUUGUCGAGAGCGAUAUCCCCAUCACCAAGGGGGUUGUACACAUUAUUGACCGUAUCCUGGAGCCCGCUGCUCAGAUUCAUGAGGAUGACCUUCCAUGGAUCGAGCAAGAAUUUAUCGCGGGGAGCUGCUCGGAUCCGUCCCUUCCAUAUUGUUAA